AUGGGCUACACCGACCUCGAUUGGCUUGCAAUCAAUGCCAUCCGUCUUCUCGCCGUCGAUGCCACAUUCGCGGCCAAUUCGGGCCAUCCUGGCGCCCCUAUGGGAAUGGCCCCAGUGGCCCACGUCCUAUUCAACAGGAUCCUGAAAUACAACCCAAAGAACUCCAAAUGGGUCAACAGAGAUAGAUUCGUCUUAUCCAACGGCCAUGCUUGCAUGCUACAGUAUGCUCUUCUCCACGUCGCCGGGUAUAAGAUCUCUAUGGAUGACAUCAAGGCAUUCCGUACGGUAGAUAGCAUCACCCCCGGCCACCCCGAGGCUCAUGACACCGAUGGCAUUGAAGUCACAACUGGUCCUCUUGGCCAAGGAUUCGCCAAUGCGGUUGGUCUUGCCAUUGCUAACCACCAUGCCGCUGGUGUAUUCAACAAACCCGGGUUCGAGCUGUUCAACAACUAUACAUACUGCUUUUUGGGAGAUGGCUGCAUGAUGGAGGGCGUGGCUAGUGAAGCCGCCUCUCUUGCAGGUCACUUGCAACUUGGAAGCUUGAUUGCUAUUUGGGAUGACAACCACAUUUCUAUUGAUGGUGACACCAACUGUGCUUUCACCGAGGAUGUAGCCUUGAGAUUUAAGGCUUAUGGCUGGCAUAUUGAGGUCGUCGCCGACGGCGAUAACGACCUCGACGGAAUUGAGGCAGCUAUCAAGAAGUGCCAGGCUGUCCACGAUAAGCCGUCAUUGAUCAAACUCCGGACAACGAUCGGCUUCGGUUCGAAACUGCAGGGCACUGGUGGUGUCCACGGCGCACCCCUCAAGGCCGAUGACAUCAAGCAAGUUAAGGAGAAGUUUGGGUUUGACUCUGCGAAAACAUUUGUCGUCCCGCAAGAGGUUUAUGACAUGUAUAACAAGCACGGCGCUGAAGGUGCUGCCCAAGAACAGGAAUGGAACCAGCUUCUCUCCAAGUACUCCGGGUCUCACAAAGCUGAAGCUGAAGAUCUGAAGGUUCGCUUAUCUGGAGACCUCCCAGAGGGCUGGGAGAAGAACUUGCCAACAUACUCCCCAUCGGAUCCUGCUGUGGCAUCCAGGAAGCUUUCUGAGAUCGUUCUCCAAAAGAUUCAUCAGGCAAUUCCAUCCUUGGUUGGUGGCUCUGCGGAUUUGACUGGCUCGAACUUGACCAGAUGGAAGGAUGCCGUUGAUUUCCAGCCCCCAUCGCUUGGGCUUGGUGACUGGACUGGCCGUUACAUCCGGUAUGGUGUGCGUGAGCAUGCUAUGGGUGCUAUCAUGAAUGGCCUCGCAGCAUAUGGCACUGUCAUCCCAUACGCCGGUACAUUCUUGAAUUUCGUCUCAUAUGCUGCCGGAGCUGUUCGUUUAUCCGCCCUUUCCCAGGUCCGUGUCAUUUGGGUGGCUACUCACGACUCCAUUGGUCUCGGCGAGGAUGGACCGACCCAUCAACCUAUUGAGACUCUUGCACACUUCCGCGCGCUCCCUAACUGUAUGGUUUGGCGCCCUGCUGAUGGAAACGAGACCAGCGCAGCAUACUAUGUUGCUCUUACCUCUAAGCACACCCCCAGCAUCAUUGCCCUGUCGCGACAAAACCUUCCACAUCUCGAGACCUCCACGAUCGAACGCGCAAGCAAGGGUGCGUACGUUGUGCAUGAGGCUGAGAAGGCAGAUAUCACACUCGUCUCUACUGGUUCUGAGGUCGGCAUCUGCAUUGAUGCAGUUAAGUACUUGAAGGAGAAGCACAACUUGGCCGCCCGUGUCGUGUCAGUCCCCUGUUUCGAGGUCUUCGAUGCUCAGCCAAAGGAGUACAGACUCAGUGUUCUGCCAGAUGGCAUCCCAUCGCUCUCAGUUGAGGUCAUGUCUACUAUGGGCUGGGAACGAUAUACCCACGAGCAGUUUGGUCUCAACAGAUUCGGUGCUAGCGGUGCUUACAAGGAUGUUUACAAGAAAUUCGAAUUCACACCCGAGGGUAUCAGCAAGCGUGCUGUUGCCACUGUUGAAUUCUACAAGGAUGUUCCUAACAUCCGCUCUCCUAUCAACCGUGCUUUCCAGCAGCUUAUUUAA